AUGACUCAGAAACGACCCAACUUUCUCGUCAUCCUCGCCGACGAGUUGGGCUUUUCCGACGUCGGCUGUUUUGGAAGCGAGAUCCACACCCCGAACCUCGACAAGCUUGCCAGAGAGGGUACCAGAUUCAGCGACUAUCACACCGCGUCGGCAUGCUCGCCCACAAGGUCCAUGCUUUUGAGCGGGACGGACGCGCAUCUCGCAGGAUUGGGCGUCAUGUACGAAUUCAUCGCAAGUUCAACUGCUCGCGACCCGGAGAGAUGGAACAGACCCGGUCACGAAGAAUAUCUCAACCACGACGUCGCUGCUAUGCCCGAGGUCCUUUAA